CCCCACUGCGCACCAUCGAGCUACAACUGUCUUUUCUUCUCUCUCUCUGGGUUUCUUUGCUCUCUUAUCUGGAAAAAAAAGAAGAAAACACCAUGCUUUUAUUACCAUGGAGAACAGUGGCAUUGGGUUUCAUUGUACUUGAGGUUUGGUUUUGUGUUCAAGUGGAAUGUUCUCUAGCUCUGUUUGAUCGGAUUACUCAGUUGCCGGGUCAACCCAAUGUCGGGUUCCAACAGUACUCGGGUUAUGUGACCGUUGAUGAGAAAAAACAGAGAGCUUUGUUUUACUACUUUGCUGAAGCUGAAGUAGAUCCAGCUUCCAAGCCUCUUGUCCUAUGGCUCAACGGAGGACCUGGCUGCUCUUCAUUGGGGGUUGGAGCAUUUUCUGAGAACGGGCCAUUUAGGCCUAGCGGGGAAGUGCUGGUCAAGAACGAAUAUAGCUGGAACAGAGAAGCCAAUAUGUUGUAUUUGGAGGCCCCGAUUGGAGUUGGGUUCUCUUAUUCCACAGACACCUCCUCUUAUGAGGGUGUGGAUGACAGGAUCACUGCCAGGGACAAUCUGGUUUUUAUGCAAAAUUGGUUCCUCAAAUUCCCUCAGUACAGGAAUAGAAGCCUGUUCAUUACAGGGGAAAGCUAUGCUGGUCAUUAUAUCCCCCAGCUGGCCGAACUUAUGCUUCAGUUUAAUAGGAAGGAUAAGCUGUUCAAUUUGAAAGGAAUUGCUCUGGGGAAUCCUGUUUUAGAAUUUGCUAUUGAUUUCAAUUCGAGGGCUGAAUUCUUCUGGUCUCACGGAUUGAUAUCUGAUUCUACGUACAAAAUGUUCACCACUUCCUGUAAUUACUCGCGAUAUGUUAGUGAGUAUUACAGAGAAGCCGUUUCUCCUAUUUGUUCAAGAGUGAUGAGCCAAGUUAGUACCGAAACUAGCAGGUUUGUUGACAAGUAUGAUGUUACCCUCGAUGUCUGUAUAUCAUCAAUGCUCUCACAAUCCAAAGUCCUUACUCCCCAACAAGUUGGUGAAACUAUAGAUGUUUGUGUAGAAGACGAAACAGCUAAUUACCUAAACAGGCAAGAUGUGCAAAAGGCUCUUCAUGCACGUCUGGUAGGAGUCCGUAAAUGGGCUGUUUGCAGCAAUGUCCUAGAUUAUGAAUUUCUUGAUCUGGAAAUACCCACAAUCACUAUUGUUGGCAGACUCGUGAAGGCCGGAAUUCCAGUCAUGGUAUACAGUGGGGAUCAAGAUUCUGUCAUCCCAUUGACCGGAAGUCGAACAUUAGUUAAUCGACUGGCAAAGGAAUUCGGUCUGAAAACCACUGUGACUUACCGAGUUUGGUUUGAGGGGCAGCAGGUCGGUGGCUGGACUCAAGUUUAUGGUAAUAUCCUAUCCUUUGCCACCAUUAGAGGAGCAUCUCAUGAAGCCCCAUUCUCACAGCCGGAGAGAUCACUUGUCCUGUUCAAGGCAUUUUUGGAAGGCCGGCCACUACCAGAAGCGUUUUGAUCUGCUGACAGUUCUUGGAUUUGAGAAUACGGAUUGAGCUUGUUCAUCAGGUGUAAAAUCUGUAGUUUCCAAAUCACAGUCUCUGUCCUUUAGAGGUGAUGGCCCUGAUACUUUCGCUGGCCGCACUGCUCGUACUCUAUCACGGAAAAUAUUCAGAAGAUGCUUUCAGAAAGUAUAUUCUUGCAUUUGGAGAAUAAGAAACACCUCUAAGUCUAUAAUUUUCUCAUUUUCCAGUCAGCAAGAGGUAUGUAGCAAGAACAUCAAUUACACAAGGGAUAUACAUGAGAUGUGACAGCAAACUUUUGAGCUCUAAAUGUUCAUGACAUAAUCAUCAAGGCAGAAGAAAAGUGUGAAAACCAUAGAAAGAAAUGCGCUGGAGAUUUUUGCUUCAGGAAUGGCUACAAGGUGAUUUAGUACAAUGGUCAUCUGUUUAGGUUACUCCAGUUGGUGACUUAGUGUCAACCCCAAUGUUUUAGUGUCUUUCAUAAUAUAUCACUUAACCUUGUUGCUCUUCCUAUACGUUAGAUCUUUUAUUUCGCCAUGUAAUACAUGUUAGAGAAUGUAGCAUGCUGAAAGAAAAAACCAAGGGAGGGGAGGGGUUCUGGGCAGUAUUGAAAAGUAAU